AUGGUAUCAGAGCAGGAAACCAACAAAAAACCUCCAAUGGAGGUAAACCAAAUAUCCACUCUCGAGCUAUUGAUCGAGACAAUCUCAAAACUAAUUGAUUUAUACAAAUCCAACACAAACCAAAGCCAAAAUUCCUACCUGCCGAAGAACCUCGGCGAAGGAUCGAAAUGCACUGCUGCAGCAACUCAGGCGAACAGCCGAAGGAGUAACGUGUCUGCAGCUCCACCCAUCACAGACAGCAGCGUCGCCGACGACGGCGGCGAAAAUAACAACAUCAGUCGACGUCGGCAGCAGCAUCCAUCUGAAGCAGCGUCGGCCGCGUCGCCGGCUCAGCAGCAUCCAUCUGAAGCGGCAGCGGCGGCGGCGGCGGCUGAAGCAGUGGCAGCGGCUGCUCCUGAAGCAGCGUCGGAGGUAGCGGCGGCUGGGGCGGCAACGGCUGAAGCGGCGGCUGGGCAGCGGAGAAGAAGAAAGAAAUGUGGGGGAAUAGCCCCUCAAGUUAAAGAAAUGUGGGGGAUGAAGAAGGGUCCGAUUUGGGGGUUUUGGAAAAACACCCCCCUCCAUUUUGCAAAUGAGCCCCUAAAGUUUAAGAAAACCCCAAAAUAA